AUGCGGGACAGGCUGAGCCACAUGCAGACCAUCAUCAACGAGCAGGAUGUCUCUGAACCUGAGGGGGAUGAGCUUUACACACCGGAAUAUGACGUAGACUUAGUUGAAAUCUCACAUGAUGCAGUGGUGUUCCAAUCCACUUCCUCCUCCACCCUGGACAGCAUCUUGGAGGCGGCCCAUUCCAUUCGCCAGGAAAUACAUCUGCUCAACCUUGAGGUGGAUCGCCUUGUCAAGCACAACAAACGGAUAGGCACCACAGUCCACCGGCUCAGCAUCAUCAAGCACGACUCCGACUCCAUCGCCAGGGGCAUCCAGCAACGUGGUGUGGGGCUUUAUGCUAAACUGCAGGCCUUGGGUGCACAGAGCCGUGAGCUGGAGGAGAAACACGGUCGCAACACAGCUGUUUCUCGCAUCGCACGCACUCAGCACGCCACACUCAACCAGGCCGUCCAAGCCGCCAUGGCAAGCUACCACCGGGCGGAGGAGGUCCAAAGAGACAUGUGCCGCUUGCGCCUCCAGAGACAGGCCUCUAUCAUGGGCAAGGUGGUAAUGGAGAAGGAGCUGGAUGCGUUGGUGGAAAAGGGGGGCGAGGGCUGGAGGGAGCUUUCCCAGGGACUGCAGAUGGAGGGGAAAUCAUCCCACUGGGAGCUGGGUGAGAUUAAAGGAAGGCAUAAGGAGCUGGUGGAGCUAGAAGCCAGGCUUAGGGAGGUGCAUGGUCAGUUCCUGCAGAUGGCUAUGUUGGUGGAGGAGCAGGGGACCAUGGUGAACAACAUAGAGGCUAUGGUGUGUGGAACAGAGGAGUAUGUUGGCAGAGUGAACAAACAGAUAAAGAGGGCUUUACAGUACAAGAGGCAGAACCUCUUUCAGCGGUCCUGUCCCUGUCUACCCUGUUGCAGAUCUGUAAAGUAG